UGUUUGUUUUCCGGCCUGUAUUUUGACGUGCGCGUCGCGCUCACCUGUGGUGAUUAUUAUUAGAGACACGUGAGUGAUGCGCUGUGACGUGCGGGUUUGACACGGACAUGUCCGGAAAAGAGACGGAGACAGGUUCAUGGUCUUUCUAAGAGUUUCCACCGGAUGUCAGAUCAGGAUGAACUGGAUUUUCCCGUUGUCGAAGGGCUCCGGAGCGAUUCCGCCUCUCAACAGCUUGCAGAAACAAAGGCAGCGGCAGAUCGAGUCGCUCAAAGCCGCGCAUUCCACCAUCGCUGAGAUCCAGAAAGAUGUUGAGUACCGGAUUCCUUUCACCGUCAACAACUCAACCAUCAGCGUCAACAUAUUGCUUCCACCGCAGUUCCCUCAAGAGAAGCCCGUCGUGACGGUGUACCCUCCACUCGGUCAUCACGCGGUGGACGGGAACAACGGCACCGUGGUCACCAGCCCCCUGAUCACCAACUUCGGGAUGCACUCGGAUCUCGGGAAAGUGAUCCAGAGCUUGCUGGAUGAGUUCUGGAAAAGUCCGCCGGUCCUGAUGUCCGGAGGCCCGUCCUUCCCUUUCAUGUACAAGCCGCCGCCGUACCCUGCGCAGAACUUUCAUUUCGUCCCCGCUUUCCCAAGCCAGGACCCCCAGCGCCCCGGCGUCGCCGCCCCUCUCCCACCACCCCAGGGAUCCGACCCACAGCAGGUGCAGAACCGUCCUCCUGUUCCAUAUGGGCUGAUCUCAGACCUCCCACUCCCUGUCCCCAUGUCCGACUCACAGACUGGACUGAACGGAUACAUCUACAAGAUGCCCGAAAUCCCCGACUCGUUUCUGGAACUUUCUGAGAUGAGUGUGUCUCAGCUGAAGGACAUGAGCGAUAAUGAAGAUGUGCUGCUGGAGUACUUUGCGUGUCUGCCUCAGCUUAAACAGGUCUCCAGCGAUAAAGAAGACCUGGUGAACACCAUCGUCACUGUGGCCAAAAAGAAUCUGCAGCUGGAGCCACAGCUGGAAGGGAAGAGACAGGAGAUACUGUACAAAUAUGAGCAGCUGACCCAGAUGAAGUCAGCGUUUCAGACCAAAAUGCAGAGACAGCACGAGCUCAGUGAGAGCUGCAGCCUGAGUGCCCUUCAGGCGAGGUUGAAGGUCGCUGCCCAUCAGGCCGAGGAGGUGUCUGAGGAGACAGCGGAGAACUUUCUGGAAGGAAAGAGUGAGAUCGAUGACUUUCUCACCAGCUUCAUGGAGAAGCGGACGCUUUGUCACAGUAGAAGAGCGAAAGAGGAGAAACUUCAGCAGUCCAUCUCACUGCAGGGACACUUUCCCUCUGCUCACUAGCAUCACUACUGGUUUGCAUACUAAAGCAGAAUGCUCCGCCUCAUUGCACAAACACGCAGCAUCGCAGAUCCAAACUCCUCCUGCAGGUGGCGGAAGCUGAUGCUGAAUUUAGCGCUUACAGAACCCCCGGGCGUUUGUCUGGUUUGAGACCGGGUUUGGGCGAGGCUGUAGCAGAGUUCUCAUUAGCGCACACUUUAAAUACUGUCUAUGGAUGGCUUUGGGUUCGGACCGCACUCACACUCACACUCGACUCCAAUGAGAACAUUUUCGCCGACGCUGCCGGAUUAACCACGGGGGGAAAUACUGUAUUUGAUAAUGUUGAUCUUUAUUAUAAUCAGACAAUUGUAUUAUAAGUUUAUUUAAUUUGAUAGACUAAUAAAAUAUUUCCACGUA